CCUCCAUACACUGCACUACCCACUGACGAAGCAGCGAUGGGCUCCAUUGGUGCACCUGAAUACACUUCUCAAGCUGAUAUUAUUGAUAUCAGGAGCGAUGCCGCCGGCAUUGAGCUGAAACAGCUCAUCUACAGUGGCUUGAGAGCUCAGGAUGGAAGCAAGGAGAAGACGUUGCCAACAUUGCUAUUGUAUGAUACCAAAGGGCUGAGACUAUUCGAACAAAUCACGUACCUUGACGAGUACUACCUUACUGGGGAGGAAAUUCAAGUCCUCGAGCAGCAUGCUGAGCGAAUUGCUGAGAGAGUUCCCAAUAACGCUCUCGUGGUUGAGCUUGGGAGUGGCAAUUUGAGAAAGGUGAAAAUUUUGCUGGACGCGCUUGACCGCGCUGGAAAAACCAUCGAAUAUUAUGCCUUGGAUCUCAUGCGACCCGAGCUCGAACGUACUCUAGCUGCUGUGCCCAAGCACGCCUUCAAGCACGUACAGUGCUACGGACUUUGGGGCACAUACGACGAUGGCCUCGAAUGGCUGAAGCGCCCGGAGAAUGCUGCACGACCAAAGACAAUCCUCUCGCUGGGUUCGAGCAUCGGUAACUUCACCCGGGAUGAGGCCGUCGGUUUCAUUGCCCAGUUUGCAGAAACAUUGAAACCGACCGACUCAUUCCUUCUCGGCCUCGACGCCUGCCAAGACGCUGAAAGAGUGUACCGGGCGUAUAACGAUCGUGACGAGGUUACACACGGCUUCACAAUGAACGGACUCCAUCACGCAAACCACAUCUUGGGCCAUGAAGAGUUUGUUAUUGCCGACUGGGAGGCAGUGGGCGAGUAUGAUCAGGUCGGCGAGCGACACCGUGCCUAUGUAGUGCCCAAGAAGGACGUUGUGGUUCAAGGCGUUGCAGUCAAGAAAGGCGAAAAGGUUCGAAUUGAGGAGAGCUACAAGUACAACCACAAGCAGUCGAUGCAGCUUUGGUCCAAUGCUAGUGUCGUUGAAAGUGCCGCGUGGUCCAAUCAGAGUGGCAGCUAUGCCUUGCAUAUGCUCGCGAGACCUGCAACGAUGUAUCCUACCAAGCCAGAAGCAUACGCACCACACCCAGUGCCCUCUAUUCCAGAGUGGGAACAGUUAUGGGCUGUCUGGGACAAAGUCACACGACAGAUGAUUCCCAAUGAAGAACUGCUGGAGAAGCCAAUCAAGCUGAGGAAUGCCUGCAUCUUUUACCUUGGCCAUAUUCCGACCUUCUUUGAUAUCAAGAUCAACGAAGUCACCGCACUCGGCCUUACAGAGCCAAGCUACUUCACGAAGAUCUUUGAACGAGGUAUUGACCCGGAUGUCGAUAACCCGGACCAGUGCCAUGACCACAGUGAGAUUCCGGAUGAAUGGCCCGCACUCGAGACGAUUCUCAAAUACCAAAACGAUGUGCGCAACCGCGUGCGCGAUUUGUAUAAGUCCAACCGUGUCUAUGAGGAUAAUUGGGCUGGUCGCGCCAUGUGGCUCGGAUUUGAACACGAGCUCAUGCAUCUGGAGACGUUUCUUUACAUGGCGUUGCAAAGCGACAAGACUCUCCCACCCGACGGUACAAUCCGACCCGAUUUCGAACAGCUCGCCGCAAAGGCCAAGCGGGAUGCCGUGCCAAACGAAUGGUUCACGAUACCCGAGCAAUCCGUGACCAUCGGCAUGAAUGAUCCCGAUACACCCGAUGGACCUGUUCGACAAUUUGGUUGGGACGUUGAAAAGCCUGCUUACACUACGAAGGUGCACAGUUUCAAGUCCGCUGCCCGUCCGAUUACCAACGAGGAUUAUGUGCGCUACAUGAUCGCAAAGGACAUUGAAAAAAUUCCAGCUUCCUGGACAACUCAAAACAAGCGGGACAGCGGUAUCAACGGACAUGCCAAUGGAAGAUCCAACGGUGAAUUCCAUGACAGCAACGGUCAUACGAAUGGCGAUGUGAGGCUCGAGCAUUUCAUUGGCGACAAGUUUGUUCGCACCUUCUAUGGAGCUGUCCCCAUGAAGCAUGCAUUGGACUGGCCCUGCUCUGCAUCGUAUGACGAGCUGAACGGCUGUGCAAUGUACAUGGGAGGCCGCAUCCCGACGAUGGAGGAAGCUCGGUCUAUCCACGAGUAUGCUGCUCACCUCAAGAAGAAAGAAGCAGACAAGGCGCAAGGCAAGACGAUUCCAGCAGUCAAUAGCCAUCUUGUCAACGAGGGCGUCGAAGAGUCGCCAGGAUCCAAGCCUGCCACCAAUGGGUUCGGCCGUGAGGCCGACCCAUACCAGGGCAAAGAACUCCAUGUUGACCUUGGUGACGCGAAUGUGGGCUUUAAGCAUUGGCAUCCCAUGCCAGUAACCCAGAACGGCAACAAACUCGCUGGUCUAGGUGAAAUGGGAGGUCUGUGGGAAUGGACCAGCUCAGUAUUGGAGAAAAGGGAUGGUUUUGAACCGAUGAAGCUGUAUCCGGCAUACAGUGCCGACUUUUAUGAUGGCAAGCAUAACGUCGUGCUCGGCGGAUCAUGGGCCACACACCCGAGAUUCGCUGGUAGGAAAUCAGUUGUCAACUGGUAUCAACGCAACUACCCAUUUGUUUGGGCUGGAGCUCGUCUUGUCAAGGACAACUAACCUAGUUCUGAUUCACGUGGAAAAAAUGGCUGGAGUGUGCGUGUGUGCGCUGCUUGAAGGAUGAAAACGAUAGCUACCUACCUACAUUACGAAAUCAAUUCAAGACUGUCUCAACACGGUCAUUCAC